AUGGCUUCCGUGAUUAAGAUCCCCUGCUCAUCCGCCAACAUUGGCCCGGGCUUCGAUGUGAUCGGCCUGGCACUAUCUCUCCACCUGGAGAUCCACGUCAGCAUCGAGAACAAGCCCUCAUCCCAACUCCCCUUCAACUGCGCCAUCACCUAUGAGGAUCAAAGCAAAAGUGUCGAGAAGAUCAGUCUCGACCCAGAAGUCAACCUGAUCACCCGCGUGGCCCUUUAUCUGCUCAGAUGCCACAACCAGCGCGCAUUCCCCGUCGAGACCAAGGUGCACAUUAUCAACCCGAUCCCAUUAGGGCGGGGUCUUGGCUCUUCGGGUACCGCUGUCGUUGCAGGUGUGAUGCUUGGUAACGAGGUUGGCAAGUUAGGCUUGAGCAAGGAGCGUCUGCUUGAUUACUGCUUGAUGAUUGGUACGUUGCACGCGGUCGUAAAAUGUGUCUGUGCCUUAACUAACGAUACCACAGAGCGCCACCCUGAUAAUGUGGCUGCCUCACUUUUCGGUGGCUUUGUUGGCACCUACUUGAAUGAGCUCAAGCCAGAAGACAUGGCUCGCAAGGAAAUCCCGCUUAGCGAGGUUUUGCCUGCCCCCGCCGGUGGUGUUGACACCGGUAUCAGACCCCCCGAGCCUCCCAUGGCCAUUGGCCAUUACCGGAAGUUCAACUGGGCUCCCGAAAUCAAGGCAAUUGCCAUUAUCCCUGAUUUCGUGGUCCCCACUGCCAAUGCCCGCAACGUUCUGCCCGAGUCCUACUCAAGGGCGGAUGUGGUCUUCAACCUCCAGCGCGCGGCUCUUCUCCCCGCAGCUCUGGGCAGCUCCCCUCCAGAUCCUGACAUGAUCUUCCUUGCCAUGCAGGACAAGGUGCACCAGCCGUACCGCAAGACCUUGAUCCCUGGCUUGACAGAGAUUCUCCAAUUCAUGACCCCUGCCACGCAACCCGGUCUUCUUGGAAUUUGCCUUUCCGGCGCUGGACCCACUAUCUUGGCUCUGGCGACGGAGCGCUUUGAUGAGAUUGCUGACCGCAUCAUCGCUCAGUUCGCUUCAAACAACAUUACCUGCCAAUGGAAACUGCUGGAACCCGCCCACGAUGGCGCCACGGUGACUUAUAACUAA